AUGUCCGAAUACGAAGUUGUUGCUGUUGUGGUGGAAGCUGUAGAAGUUGAACUGGAAAUAGUUGAGUUUGGUAAGAACGACGGAGGAAUAGAUAUACGCGCGCGUAUUCGUGAAAUCGAUUUUGUAUUCCAAUUCGUUCGAAAGCUAGAUGGGACUCUCAUUCAACCCAAGAAUAGCGGGGCUAUCGGGGUUGUGGCGAUCCUUGACAACUCAAGAUUCACUCUUAAGACGAUCGAAAGGGCGAUUACGUCUAUAUUUCCUAUUAUACUAACUGAUAAAUCUUAUAUUCCUAUAUGCAUUCUUAAUACAGUUCUUGAUCGAUUACAAGAAGAACCAUUUACAUUCCAUUUUUUAUAUUAA